CUUCUGUUUCCACCUCCUCCAUCCAUCUAUCCAGGCUGCUGUCUGGACUCGACACCUCCUCCCUCCUCUCUCCCUCCUUCCUCCUCCUCUUUCUACGGCAGCAUAGCGGCGGAGAAAAAUACUAAUAUAUUACCACCAGUGAUAAAAACCAAAGCAGCGUCCGUUCACAGCGAGAGGGGGGAUCAUCAGCGCUGCAGCAGCGGAUCGCUCGGCUGUCAGACGCAGAGGAAUGAUAAUUAGAAAGAGAUUGACUCGGCAACAAGAAGAAAAGGAGGAAGGAGGCCUGCAGCAGAAGGAUACAUGCAGGAGGAGAGAAGGAGGCGAGGAAUUGAUCAUAAUCUGAUCAACAAGAAUCAGAAAUAGAGAGAAACGUCAGCGGUUGUGUGUUUGUUUUUUUUAUUCGGAGGGAGAUGAUGGUGACAGCAGCAGCGGAGGAGGAGAUAGAGGGAUGAGCAGGGAUCGAUAAUCCUCCCUCCUCCUCUUCCUCCUCCCCCACCUUCAUCCCUCCAUCACCUCUGCAGGAGCCGCUGAAACCUAAGGAUCUGGAUAUGCCAUCCAGCGGGACGAUGAAUCCCAGAUGUCUCACUGUAUCCAGGAACAAGACAAACAUCUGACAUGACAUUUCACCUUCUCGCAUCGCUUCCUCCGACAUCCCGACUGCAGGAUGACAGGCUGAGUCCUGCAGGUGAACCCUUGGACCAGGGAGAGGUGAUCAUCUCCUCUUCCAUGUUUCUCAGAAGAUGAUCUUCGACGGACGUUAUAUUUUCAUUUUUUGGAGCUUUGGGUUGUGUUGAUUUCUCGAAGUCUGGUUCCAAAAUGUUUUGUUGAACUGAAUUCUUUGAAGUCUCUUUUCCUGCUCAGAAAACUCUUUGAUUUGGAGAAUUAACACAAGGUUUCUGACACCAGGAUUUUAUUAUGAGGUACUACGUGGAAGCUGGUGGUUAGGCAGCAUUUUGGAAGUGUUUGCACGCACCUCCAGACUGCAUUCCUGCUGCAGAACUUAUUGGAUGCAGAAAAUAUCCCUCUAGCCCUCUUGCAGGACAAUCUUCCUUCUCUCAGCAAUGCUAAUGUGCAAUAUCUUUGACACAGAGGGACAAAUCACGUCUCUGUUAUCUGUGAUUUCCACACCUGCUUCUUGGAAACCAUUGCUCUGAUCUUCUGCAUGGAGUGCAAAGAGUGGAUACAACUGACUCACUGACAAACAAAAAGACAGUUUUCUUGGGAGGGGGGGAAAGAAGACAAUCUUUUUCUCUAACUUUGUUCUCUUUUUAUCCGUCAUGGGUCUGAACCCGGACAGAAACACCUGACUGAACCAGGGGAUGGUCGAAGACUCGAUAAACCUCUUUGAUUGGAUCCAGCGAGAACGAGGUCCAUCUUGAUCGUCAGAUCAGAACUCAAAGAAGUAAACUCCUCUCCCCCCCACUUACCUCUGGUGGGGGGGAGGGUGAAAUAUACUUUAGUUUUUAGGGUGUAGGGCUUAGGGCCAUAGCGUUUAGUUUUGUAGUUAUUUAGACAUUAGGUUGUAGACUAGACAUUAGAGUACGGAGCUCUGAUCUAGUUGGUAGUUAUUUGGUUCUCUUGUGUUUAGGCUUAUUCAGUUCUGCUGGUUUUAGCCUUUAGCUUGCUAGCUUAUUUACCUGAACAAGCCCUUGUGGUAUAACACACGUUAGCAUUUGGCUCUGACCUAGCUGUAGAUUACAGAAGAUUAGCAUUUAGUGUACAACCUGGAUCUAACCAACUGUAACAGCAAAAAGCAUUUAGGUUCUUUAGUUUAGAAAUUAGCAUUAGAAAACCUUGGUCAUAAACAUUUAGACCAUUAGCCUGUGUGCUAACUCUCAGACCAGCUAGUUAUGGAUGCUAAUCACGGCCCAGGCCAAGGCAGCCCAGAGAGCCCUAACCGGGCGGUGGAGUACCUUCUUGAACUCAACAACAUCAUCGAGAGCCAGCAGAAGCUUCUGGAAACUCAGAGGCGCCGGAUCGAGGAGCUGGAAGUCCAGCUGGACCGGCUCAGCCAGGAGAACAAAGACCUGCGUUUGGAGCGGCAGCCCGUCGUUCCUCCUCCACCCGCUCCUCCUCCCGAGCCUCCACUCCCUCCUCCCCCUCCACCGCCUCCACCGACCACAUCCACUUCCAUGUCUGCCAAGAAUCACCAACAGCACCACCACCACCACCACAACAGCCAAUACCAAGCUCCUCCUCCGCAGCCCCCCUCCUCCAUCCCCCUGCACCAGAACCACCACCACCACCAGUACCAUCACAACCACCACCACUCCUCCGCCCACCACUCUUACAACAGCUCCAACAGCAUCCCUACGACGGCGAUCCCGGUUCCCGCUCCGUCUUCAGCCCCGACCUCCAUCUCGAUCCCUACCCAAAUCCCGACUCCGAUAUCCCCCCCGGCUCCAGCUCCGGCUCCGGCUCCUCCUCCUCCGCCUCCGAUGCCGUCUCGGGACCAGCCGCGGGCCCACAGCCGGCUGACCCGCCUGCCCUCCACCAGCACCGGCACCAACACCAACUUUGUGGAGAAAGAGAGGGAGAGGAUUGAGCGCAUGCACAAAACCAACGCCUCCAACAACCACCACGCCCACACCCUCCACCACCAGAAAUCGUCUUAUUCCUCCUCCACUACCUGUUCUACUACCAACACCUCUUGUCGUUCCUCCAACAACCCUACUAGCAUCACCACUCCUUCCUCCACCUCCUCCUCCUCUUCCUCCUCUCUCUACUCCUCCAGCCUACCUCCUAACAGCCACGCCACCUACCAUCAGUACUGCUGUCCCGCGCGCCUCCGCCUGCCCAAGCCUCCCUGCGCCCUGCCCCCCGCCAAGCACCACGAGCAGGCAAGAGAGGAGGAAGACGACGACAUCGCCCAUCAGUUCUGUUGCCCCGCCUCCGAGUGCAGUAGCCCCUCCUCUAGGUAACCAGGGGCGACCGUGAGCCAAUCCCCUGCCUCACCCCGACUCUUCGGUAAAUCGAGGGGGUGAUUACAAACCCCCCCCCCCCCCCAAAAUAUCCUCCAUGGCUGUCUCUGUCUCUUUAUUUUUCUGCCCUUUUGAUCAUGAAAAAGCAAGAAAAUGACACUUGUGGGGUAAAAACAAAGUCAUCACAGUUUCAGUUUGAAGGCUUGUUUGUUCAGAAAAUUAAAGUCCGAGGUUGAUUGCAAUUUCUUGUGAACAAUAAGAACCUUAUAAAAGAAAACCAUGAAGCUAGCUUUGCUGCAGAUCCAAUUUUACUCUUUUGUUUUGGCGUCAAAUUUUCAUAUUAGAAAAAACGACCUCCUGUGUUGGACAGUACGAGUUGCGUUGCAGCUUUUAACCAACAGGACUGACUCUGACCCACCUGGAGACGACGUUCAAACCUGCUUCGGUCCGCAGUGACUCAGCUGAACGUCAGCAAUGAGUCUGCAUUUUUGUGCAUAAUGUCAGCACGCCGGACAGUCUCUGAGAUCAAACUCAGACCUCCUCUCUUCCCUCGUCUCCUAGUUUGGGUUUGAACGUGGACUUUAACAGUUUUCCCCUCCCCUGUCCGAGCAUGAAGCCAUGACCCCGCUGUUCCCGAGCCCGAGGCAGACGGCUGCAGCACUCGAACCAACAAUAUGCUCCGGGGCCGUACAAAACAUCACCACGAUAGCAUCCAAACAUCAGCAGGUAGCGCUGGAGGACUCUGUCUGAGCAGGGUGUGUUGUCACAGCAUGUCCUCACCACAUCACACCAAACUGUUCGGAGCGAAGGACUGAAGACUCCUCUGGUGGGACGAAACUCUGAAAGGGUUUGUUCAUGAGCCAGAGUUUAUUCUGUGAGUGGAGUCAUUUGAUUCUGUCUCCUGCUCUGUCUUCUGUUGACCGUCCCUGCAUACUGCUACCAGGGUUCUCCUUAUCACUGGUUAUUGUUCUUGUUUCAACAAUCUUCUUGCACCCUAAUGUUCUGAAACACUGGAGGGAGUGAAAGCAGCAGCUAGCAUGAACCAGUGGAGUAAAAAAGAGGAUAGAAGUGUUGCUUAGUUUGACCUCAGAGGAAGUUCUUGUGGCGCCAAAUUGCCAGAAAUAAGAACAUAGUUUGAUGUAGAUUUCAUAGCAAAAUAUGUACAACAAUCAUGCUUACUAGCUUGGUGCUAAGUAUACUUAGAGGCUGAGUUAAAGCAGGCUUCUGCAGGUCCACAUGCACAUUGAGGUUUUCUACACUUGUGGCACCUGAGUUAAAGUCAGUGUCAGAGAGAAAAACACUUGAAGUGCUUCCCCUGUUUCCAGUUUUAGGGAGAACCCUGGUGCCUAAUAUGUACAGUACACACACACACACACACACACACACACACACACACACACACACAGCUGCAAGAGUCCUCAAAGGUAAUAAAAGGACAUCAGGAUGAAAGUUGGUAUGAGUAUGUUUACAUGCACACCAUAGUGAUGAGCGUUAAGGCAAUAUCUUUAUGUGAUCAUAUUGAAUAACAACCUGAUUUAUUUCAAAUCAAUCUAAUAUGUUAUUAUCUUCAUAAACAUGGUAAUGAGAUUGGGAAAGAAAUCUGUACAAACUUCUGAUUCCGUCCCACAUGUAGACCAAGCGCUGAUUCGUCCAUCUAUGUAUUGCUUUCGAACAAGAACAACAAAACCAGAGAAAAAUAAACAACAUUAUUAAA